AAUGGAAUCAACUCAUGUAAUAUCCAUUACAAAUGGUGAAGACAAUGUUGCUCCAAGGAAGAAUACAACUAAAACGUUUAAAUUUUCACUUCCACCAGUUCUUUCCCUUCUUAGAGAACACAAAAUCCAUCUCUUGGAUAAGCAAAUGAAAGACGCUAAAAACAUUAUCCACAGCAUCAAAGUUGGAAUCUCCCUUGUUUUGAUUUCACUUCUGUACCUCUUGGAUCCUCUUUACGAGCAAGUUGGAGAAAAUGCUAUAUGGGCUAUCAUGACUGUGGUCGUCACCUUCGAAUUUUCCGCAGGAGCUACUCUAGGCAAAGGUUUAAAUCGCGGAAUGGGAACUAUAUUAGGAGGUGGACUGGGUUGUAUAGCAGCAGUUUUGGCUCAAAAUAUUGGUGGAGUUGGGAACUCUAUUAUAAUUGGUGCUUCUGUAUUUAUCUUUGGGACAAUUGCAACAUAUUUUCGACUAUUCCCAAGCGUGAAGAAGAGAUACGAUUAUGGAGUGAUGAUUCUUAUUCUGACUUUUAGUUUGAUUGUGGUGUCUGGUGUGCGCACUGAAGAUCAGAAAGUUUGGGAAAUAGCAGUUGAACGGCUUUUAACAAUUGUGAUGGGUUUCGUUGUGUGCAUUUGUGUGAACUUGUUGAUCUUCCCAUUGUGGGCCAGUGAUGAACUUCAUGAUUCCAUUGUCUCUAGAUUCCAACACAUUGCUGAUUCAUUACAAGGGUGCAUGGAGGAAUAUGUCAAAUUCGUUAGUCAAAAAGAAAGUAAAAAGCCUGGUGCUAGCUUCAGUGUUUGCAAGUCUUUGUUGGACUCCAAAUCAAAGGACGAGGUUCUGGAAAAUUUUGCAAAAUGGGAACCCUGGCAUGGAAAAUUUGGAUUUUUCUAUCCUUGGGAGAAGUACCUAAAGAUUGGAGACGUUCUUCGAGAACUGGCUGCAAUAAUUCUUGCUUUGGGAGGUUGCCUCCAGGCCUCAGAAACGGCCAUGAAAGUGGAACCGGUGAGUCAAAGUGUUGAAAUGGAACCAUGUGAGGCAAUUGGGUCAGGAAUUGUGUGGAGUCUACGAGAACUUGGGAAGAGCAUGAAGCAAAUGAGCAAGUGUGAGGCUGACAUAUCAGAAAAGUUGAAGACAAUGAGAGGAGAGAUAAACUUGGUAAUUUCCACGUCGAAAAUGGCAGCAAUUGAUAACAUGGAUGCACUUGCAGUGGCGAGCUUCGUCUUCUUAUUGAAGAAAGUUGUGGAGAAAGUAGAAGAACUUACCAAAGAGGUGGAGCAACUGGGAGACCUAGCUGCUUUUCCUGCUCAUUCAACUUUAGUCUAAACGCUAUAUAUAUCCA